AUGGCGAAGUGGGGAAUGUUCUUCUCCAAGGCCGAUCUGUCGGGCCGGGAGCACCACAUUGCACAGUUCAUUGCCGAUUCGGGCAUUUCUAUUGUUCCAAUCGCCCACUCCAGGACACAUGUGUACUUCCCCUACCAAACCGGCGAGACUAUGUUCCAAAACACGUUCACGGCAUCUGAACACCUCGUCGUGGCACGGGUGGUCCUACAGCAGUACCUUGAGCUCUAUGAGCGCACGGGCUUUGUGUACAAUGACCUUGUGCCUUGGAACAUUUACGUGUUCCCCGCGACAGCCAAUGCUGAUGAGACACGUCACAGAGGCAGCCGCAAGAGCAAGGCCCGCAAGAACAAGGCCCUAAAACGCGACCCCACAAUUAUGCUGGUGGACUUUGACAAGUCUGCCAAUGCUGAUGAGACACGUCACAGAGGCAGCCGCAAGAGCAAGGCCCGCAAGAACAAGGCUCUAAAACGCGACCCCACAAUUAUGCUGGUGGACUUUGACAAGUCUGUCAUCAGUGCGUCGGACCAUGACUUUGGCAUUGACUGCUGCAAAUUCAUAGUCCAUGUCAUGUGGCAGAUUUUGUUUACCGGCACGCAUAGUCUGGAGGAUAUGCAGACAGUCGUGGCUGUCGACGACCACACCGUGCCGGCCUUCCGCAUCAUGGCCCUUGACAUUGAGGCCUACGCCAUGGACCGAUCCAAGAUGCCCGAUAUCUCGGCGUAUACAAGUGAGUCGGAGCAGGUGCUGUUUGCCCUGGAUGGCUGUGACGCCGACAGGCUGCCAGCCAUUGAGCUGCGCUCGUUUGACACAGAACCCAAGCUCAUUGCGGCCUUCCUGGCGUACAUCCACGAAGCUCGCAUCAACGUCAUUACCGGGUGCAACACGUUUGGCUUUGAUUGGGAAUAUAUACUCGGAAGGUGUGCCCAGUUUGGCGUGUCGACUAUGGGGUCCUCGUUAAAUGGGGUCAGCCAGUCUUCGACGGCCAGUGUCCGGUGGUCAUCGUCAGGCGCCGGUGUGGUGGACAUCCAGUACCUCAAGAUGCCGGGCAUAAUGUGA